AUGGGCAAUGAUGGAGGCUCCAUAUCGAAGCGCGACGAGAUGGUGCGUACCAAAGCGUCGGUGCAAAAGGUGGAUGCUUCGCUGCUGCGACAAUCGCUCUGGACCGUCUGUCGUCUCUCGCGCGAACCCCUCCAAGCGCCUGUAGUGUCCGACGCCCUAGGAAGGCUGUACAACAAAGAUGCUGUGAUCCAGCACCUUCUUCAGCGCCAUCAGUCGUCCGACUCUACCGAUGCCAUUCCACACAUCCGCGGGCUGCGCGAUACCACCGACCUUGCUCUCACGCCGAAUACGCUCUACCGCCCUGCAUCGGCGGGGCAGAACGAGCAGCACUCGGUGUAUCCAUUCAUGUGUCCGCUCUCGGCGAGACAGAUGGACGGCAUGCAUCGCUUCGUCUACAUCGCCCCGUGCGGCUGCGUCGUAUGUGCAUCGGGCCUACAGGCUACCCUGACUGAUGCGCGCGGAGAGUCGCACAACUGCCCUGUAUGUGCGAGGGAGUUCAACGCAGCACUGGCUAAAGGGGGCAAAGUGCAAGGGUCGGACGUGGUCACUAUCAACCCCGACAAGGACGAAGAGGACAAGAUGCGAGAGAAGAUGGAAUCAAGAGCGCAGCAUAAGAAGAAGAAGGCACGCACAGCCGAUCGGGAAGAUGGCGAGGUCGCAGAGCAAGAGGCAAAGAAACGUCGCAAGGCCGAGAGGAAGGACGAGACACGAAGACGGAUUGCGCAGCUCACCGCCGAACUCGCCGCGGAAAAGGCGUGA